AUGCCGGGAGCAAUCGUUGACAUCCCGGAGCCGUCUCGCGUGCCUCUCUUGGGACACGUAACGGAGAUCGACCAGGAGUAUCCUCUGGGAUCAUUCAUACACUUCGCAAAUAAGUUCGGGCCUAUCUUUAGGCUAGACCUUUUGGGCCAGAAGUUGGUGUUUGUUAACACGCAAGAACUGGUCAAUGAGUGUUGUGACGACAAACGAUUCAAAAAGUGCAUCGAAGGAGACCUUACUUCCAAAGGUGUGGAGGAAGAGAAUUGGGGUGUUGCCCAUCGCGUUUUGAUGUCAGCUUUUGGACCUCUCGCAAUCAGGGAAAUGUUUGACCCUAUGCAUGAUGUAGCUGGACAGCUUGCGAUGAAAUGGGCCCGUCACGGAUCUUCCACUCCCAUUCAUAUCGGCGAAGAUAUGACAAGGCUCACGAUGGACACGGUAGCCCUGUGCUCGAUGGGGUACAGGUUCAAUUCAUAUUACCGCGAAGACACUCACCCUUUCAUCACAGCAAUGUAUGCCGUCAUGAAGGAGGCGGGCGACAAGUCCCUUCGUGUAUUGCCUCAGGUGUUCUACAAGAAGCAGGACAAGAAGUACAAGGCCAACAUUGACUUGUUGCGACAGACGGCCAGAGAGGUCUUGGAGGCAAGAAAGCUGGACCCGAAUAGUGCGAACGGUCAGAAGGAUGUGUUGACAGCAAUGCUCAACACCGUCGAUCCUGUCACAGGCCGCAAGAUGACAGACGAGAGUAUCAUCGACAACUUGAUCACCUUCCUUGUCGCCGGCCACGAAACCACUGCCGCAACAUUCACAUUCACAAUGUACUGGCUGCUCAAGAGACCAGAGGUGUACAGGAAGGUUCAAGAAGAAGUCGACAAGGUCGUCGGCGAUGGGCCUCUUCAUGUAGAGCAUGUUGCCAAGCUGAAGUAUUUGACUGCGGUAAUUAGAGAGGUACUGCGGCAUAGUGCUCCCAUUCCUGCUUUCGGUAGAGAGGUUCAGAAAGGCGAGGAGAUCAUUGGUGGCAAAUACCGCGUCAAGACCGGAGAGCAAAUUCUUUGCUUUCUGACGAAGUCCCACCUCGACCCUAAGGUUUUCGGAGACGACGCCGAAGAAUUUAAGCCCGAAAGAAUGCUUGACGAAAACUUCGAUCGCCUGAUGAAGGAGUUCCCUAACUGUUGGAGUCCCUUUGGCACGGGUAUGCGUGGCUGCAUCGGUCGCGCCUUUGCCUGGCAGGAGAUGGUCCUCGCACUCGCCCUUCUGAUGCAGAAUUUCAACUUUGUCAUGCACAACCCCAACUACGACCUGAAGGUUUCUCAGACCCUCACUAUCAAGCCGAAGGACUUGUACAUCCGGGCAAUCCUGAGGGAGGGUUUGACGCCUUCCCUUCUGGAGGCUCGAAUGGCUGGGUCCCUUGUCGGAGGCUUGGCUGCCCAGCCCAAGACGAAGGUCCAAGAGACCGCCAAUGGAUCUGGAGCUGUGAAUGGUACCAAGGGGAAUGCGAAGCUGUCAGUAUUCUAUGGUUCGAACUCUGGGACCUGCGAGUUCAUGGCUCAGAGGCUUGCCAAUGAUGCCGCGUCGCACGGCUUCAGUGCUACUGUCGACACCCUCGACACCGCCCGAGAGUCUCUUCCUACCGAUCGGCCGGUUGUCAUCAUCACAUCCUCAUAUGAGGGCGAGCCACCCCAUAACGCUGCCCUUUUCGUCGACUGGUUGACCAACCUGAAGGGCAAGGAGCUUGAAAACGUGUCCUAUGCUGUAUACGGCUGCGGCCAUGCCGACUGGGUGAAGACUCAUCAACGGAUCCCUAAGCUAGUCGACGCUUCUUUGGAGGAACGUGGCGGUCGCCGGAUCACCCCCCUUUCUGCAACUGAUGCCAAAGACAGAGACAUGUUCUCCGACUUCGAAACCUGGGAGGACGAUACUCUGUGGCCUGCCCUCGUCAAGCAAUUCGGUGGUCAGCCCGAGGGAGAUGACAGCAACAUCGCCGAUGCGGGUCUUUCAGUCUCCUUCUCCACACCGAGAACCUCGACACUACGUCAGGACGUCAGAGAUGCUCUUGUGAUCGACUCCCGCACCCUCGCCCAUGGUAGCUUGGGACCGGCUAAGAGACAUAUCGAAGUGCAACUACCAUCCAACAUGCGGUACACUGCCGGCGACUAUAUGGCUGUACUCCCACACAACCCUAAGGACACUGUCGCGCGAGUUAUGCGACGUUUCCACCUGACCUGGGACUCUCAUGUUACAAUCCAAGCUUCUGGCCCCACAACUUUGCCCACAGACGUCAGCAUUCCUGUCUCUGAUGUCCUGAGCUCAUAUGUCGAGCUCUGUCAAACAGCUUCUAAGAGGAACGUGUCAACGUUAUCACAAUUUGCCAAGGAAGAAAAACUCCGCAGCAAGCUCCAGUACCUGGCAACUGACGGUUAUGAUGAAGAGAUCAAGAACAAGAGGCUUUCCGUUCUUGACAUCGCCGAGCAGUUUCCAUGCUUGUCAGUCCCAUUCAACCACUUCCUGCUCAUGCUUCCACCAAUGCGUGUUCGUCAAUACUCGAUAUCAUCGUCACCUCUUGUUGACCCAGGUGUCGCCACGCUUACCUAUGGAGUACUUGAUGAGCCCGCUUUAUCGGGGCAAGGUCGUCAUAUUGGCGUCACAUCCUCCUAUCUUUCAAGCCUGACAGCCGGCGACCGACUCCAGGUUUCGAUCCGUGUCGCACAAGGUGGCUUCAAGCUGCCCAUCGAAAUGGACAAAACUCCACUAUUGUGUGUCGCAGCUGGCACAGGCCUCGCGCCGUUCCGUGCCUUCAUUCAAGAGAGGGCAACUCUCCUCAGCAGCGGUAGACAGCUUGCACCCGCAAUCUUUUUCUUCGGCUGUCGUGAUCCUUCCGCCGACGAUCUGUACCGCGACGAGUUUGACAAGUGGGAGGCUGCUGGUGCUGUCAAGAUGUACAGGGCAUAUAGUCGCAAGCCGAACGCUUCGAAUGGCUGCAAGUAUGUCCAAGACCGCAUAUGGCAGGAGCGUGAGAUGCUGUACGGUCUCUGGGACCAGGGCGCUAGAGUCUAUGUCUGCGGUUCAAACAGAGUUGCAGAGGGCGUGAAGGAUGUCAUACUCAGAGCUGCUAAAGAGAAGAGCGAGAUCGAUGAUGGGAAGCCGAUGACUGAGGAGGAGUUGGAAGAAUGGUUCGUAGGCAUUCGAAAUGAGCGGUAUGCCACCGAUGUAUUCGACUAG